AUGCUAGCAAACAGUUUGCUAUUUUUAAUAUGUUUCACUUUUAUAAAAACAUACGAUAUAAGAAAGCACCCAUGCUGUCAAGAGCCCACAGACAACAUAACUCUAGCAAUGAUUAUAGACGCGUAUGAGAUCUAUGGUCACGAUCCGACUGAUAAACUGGACCACCUUGCUCAUUACCAAAUUGAGAUGACGAAGAUCAAACGGGCUGCAGAUCAGUACUUAAUAAACGAGCAUGUUCACAUAGCCACCGACCAUUUGGGAAGGUUCAUCAAUAUGCAUAUAAAAGAAUUGAAGGUUUUACUCAUUGCUCUGGACGACGCAAUAGAUAAUAUGUUAACCAUGUACGACAAUCACGAUACGAUAAAGACGGAACGAGUAGCUACCUACAAUGCUGGGGCAGGCGGGGCUGUCCCAAGCGAGUUUUAUAUGAGUCAAGAGUACUUUUGCGGCAAAAACGUAUAUCUAUUUAUAUCACAGUUAUAUAGUGACAUAUACAAUAUGGGUAAAGGCGUGCCGCCGUAUUGCAAGGACCGAGGAUUUCAUUUCCUUGGUUUUGUUCACUUUAUGGAUGAUAAUAAGUACUUCUUAGAGGAAGACCCUAAUGUGGCAUUUCAAAUCGAUAAUUUCAUACAUGGGCUGGAGUGUCAUGCUGGUGUUUGUAUUUAUAGAUUCCCCUUCAAAAAAGGUCUUCAACACAUCCGCGACGUUUCAACACUACCAAAGGCCAUAGUGAAAUGCGGUACAGAGGUAUACAAGCUGCCUCCACUGACAGCUGCUUCUUGCAUCAUUACGUCAGGGUCUUUCAUCUUAGACUUUAAUAUCCAGGGAAUCCGCUUCCGCCAUUAUGAUUAUAUGUUGUUUCUGCCAAACGGUCACUCUUACUACACUAAAGAGAAGUCAUCACCUCUCGCGUGCGAUCAUCACGUAUGCGAAUGGAACAAUACAAACUUCUACGGUGGACCAUUUAUAAUACCAGGAGAUCCUGGCACCGGUUUGUCUCCAGUACCGCCCUUCAUUGAACAGACAACGGAAAGCUACACUGUCUCCACUGAAUCACCACACGAUUUCUCUAACAUUACUUAUUCCCUAGAUGGUUGCUGGUUUAUGUUCCCACCGAACUACGGGUCGAUUGCUGGAGUCAGCUAUUUAGACCCUCUAACCGUCAACGAGUAUCGAUACACCUGUUCCGGUUCCGGAAAUAAUAAGGGUCUAUAUUGGUAUCCGCAAUGGAUGGGUGCUCCGCCCCACCAUCCCUACCCGCAAUCUGGCGAUAUACCAAGUGACAUGUCAGUACCAGCACCCGGAGCAUUCUACCCGCAUUUAAGUAAUUCACCUAUCAAUGCGCAACUACCCUCGCCGCACCAAAAAUAA